AUGAUUCAAAAAGUUGCAUUAUCUUCCAAUAUGUCAAAAAGUUCUCUUUUAUUCUUCAUCGGCCUAUUUGUUGCAAUCAAAGGAGAUUUUGAGUCAGUAACAACAACCACUGAUGGAUCUGAAAUUAUUCUUUCUAUUGGUAGUGGCACCGGUUUUGCAUCGUGUGCUGGUUAUUGUUAUGAACACGUGCUAAUAACAUCAUCCACUAUCUAUACAACUAAAGGAAGUUCUCAAACAGACGUAUUUCCCGAACUUCAAGAUGAACAAGCUUAUAAUACGGUAGAUUUUAAUCAAUUGGUUCAAUCGAUUGAUUUGCAACAAUUUCGUACAAUUAGCGGUUCAAUUGGAAAUUGUCAGUCCGAUCCAGAUUGCGGUGGUAGUGGAUCAGAAUGGUUAGCGAUUAUUACCAAUCAUCCACCUAAAAUAAGUGUUCUUUUUCCGUAUAACACGACAAUAGUCGGAUGUGAGACACUAUUACAAGAUGUGAGACAAAUUAGAGAUGACUAUUUAGCAAAUAACGGGAAUUAA